AUGGGCAUCCUUGGCAGCCAUGGGUACACCCUGCUGGGCCGAUUGUGGCGGGUGCCAUCAACCUGGGGCCACCGGGACCGGCGACUUACCAUGAUCCUCGUAUUCGGUGGGGCCGGGCUUCUAGUUGUGAACGCUGGACAUCGAGAGCAUCGCUUCCGGCUCCGCCGCCGAACUCCUUCGGUCACCUCAACCUUUGUGCUGGACCCCCACGAAUGCAAAGUAUGCCCGCAAGUGUUGUCGCACCGCCAGCUCUUGCGAAGCCUGCAUUCUUGUCUCUCCAUUCUCGAGAUCCGCGUCAACGUCCGGAACGCCCCGAAGUUCGAAGGCGAGCUUCGGAGAGUUCUUUGCGGCCAGGAAUUCCUGGGCACUUCGCUUCGGAGCUGCGACCACGUUCCGAAGUCGGCUUCCACUGUGGUUAAAUGCGAAAUGCUCGGCACUGAAGCUUCCAGCGAACCGGUGCAUCCUGGACGGCAAGAGCAGCAACUCGGACUGGCCGAUGGCCAUGGCGUCUCCGCAAUCAUCGAAGUCAGCGGCAAGUUCCAGUCCACGGCACUCUCCAUGCAACCGAGUCGCAGCAAGCACAUCUGCCCAGUCAUGCCGUUUGUGGGCUCCUUCGUCCUUCGGAAUGCGGCCACUGCCUUCAUGAGGCAGCAGAUGGCUCGGUCCGUUGGAGAGGGAAUUUUUUCGUGUGAGUCCCAGGAUUGGUCCGUCCUUCAGGUGUGCCGAAUUGAUGCCGGCACACAGACUGCCUCGUCUGAACGGCAGUCGUCAGAUGACGGGCGACUUCGUGAUGAGAUAGCUGCGGACACCCUGGAAGAUGAAGUGCUGUGGCUUAGGAGCAGAAACUUACCAGCCUGUAUCAGCGCCCUUGCAAUACAGGAUGAGGCCACCGCAAAUCAAUCACAGUCGCAUUGCUUGCGAAAGCUCGAAGUGCGUGUGGCUUCGUGCUGGCGACAACCCAGCGGCCACAGGUCAAGCCUCAAAGGAAGUGAGCACAGCAGUUUGCAGUUGUCGUCGACACAAUCGCCUACCUCUACAGCUGCCAGGGAGAACAUAGGCAGUGAAGGAAGCGCCACCGAUCGUUGUCGCUUGCAGCACACGCCCACUGAUUCCUUCUCAUCUGUGUCUUCACCCCUGGACAGCAUGAGCCUCUUGAAGGACCUUGAGAUGCCAAGUCCACAGUGGGUCCAGGUUCAGGCGGAGGAUGUUGCCAAACUACCUGUGCAAGACCUUCAGAGAAGAGCAGAAGCCUUGACACAGAAGCUGCAGCACAGGGAGCAUCAAUGCAUGGUGCUGCGAGAAGCAUUGGAAGCCUGCAACAAUCGCUUUACGCGUCUGCGGCCAGAGAUGUCAGGCCGGCUGGAGGGUCUGAGACAGAGCAUAGCUGCGACUGCCUAG